AAGGUUUUAAGACGAUCCAGAGGGAGACCAAACACCACAUUCCUCCUAACUGGGAACGAGAUAAGACACCUGCAGAUCUCAAGACUUGUGGGCGGUGAACUGGGUUACGCCCUCAUGAUCCCAAUUGGUUGACAGCUUGAAAGGGUCAGAAAGAAGGUGGUCCAAAGAAAUGUAGAGAAAUGGUUGUUCCAUGUAUGUGACAUGUUGCUGUUGGGAAAUUGAUGGUGGAUGUUGCGGAUUGUGAAGAGACAGAGGCAAGAUGGCAGGCAGAGGGGCUCCUUUACCCUCCCGUAGCGACCUUCUGCCCAGAGAUGUGGAAAGGGUCGUCCUGAUUGAUGAUGGACCUGUACCUGUCCCCAGGACCGGAGAUGCCAGGCCCAGAUUAACAGGGCGGGUGGCCAUCCCAAACCUCAGAUUCAAGGAAAGUUUGGUGGAUCCAGCCUUGGACGCCGCCCGCAAGGGAGAGAGACCGCGUGCAGCCCCAGAGGCAGCCCAGGCGGAUCGGGGCUCGGGUGUCCAAGGAGUUGGCCGAGGAGGGGAUUCAGACGACCGGGGCGAUCCAGCGGGCCAAGGGAACGGUUCGACUCCUGCCCCAGUCCCUCCACCUCCGUCCCAGAUCGACCUGUUGUUCACCCAGAUGGUGGCUGAUAUUUUGGCUGCGAAGACGAGACUACCAUUCGCCCAAGGGAAAGGAGAACUUCGGGAGGCGGCAGCAAGAAGGGAGGAGGAAAAAGCUUCUUUGGCUAAAUUUGACCGUGAGGACCUCCCUACUUUCCAGGAAGGGCAAGAUGUGCUUUCCUUCUUAAUUGACUUCGAGCAGGCUUGCAAAAAUCUAGGCGCGCCUCAGGCCCUCUUUGUCAGAUUGCUGCGCCCUCAAGCGACGGGACAGUUGGCGGCCUUUUUGGGGCAGAGAGCCGGGGAGGACCCCCAGUGGGGCGACUUGAAGCGGCUGGUGCAGCGCCGCUUCGGCUACACCCCGGAGGGCCUGCGGCAAGACUUCAGGAGGAUGAUGAGGCAGCCGAGGGAGAACUUCUCCGCUUUUGCUGCUCGAUUGGAACACGCGUUUGAGAAGUGGCUCUACGCCGCCGGCGCGGGCUCUUACGCGGAGGUGCGCCAGCUGCUCCUGUGUGAGCAAUUUUUGAACCUCGUCCCUCCCGAGAUGAAGUCUGCCUUGUUGGGCAAGCACCUGACGAAUUUGCAAGAAUUGGCUUUCGCAGCGGACGAGUUGUGGGCGUUCAGAGCCGAGGAGCGUCGCCAAAAAGCUGCGGCGGGGAAGGAGGGCUUGGAGCAGCACAGAAAACCAGAGCAGUUUAAGAAACAGGACAAGGCUUCCUCGGGAGGAACUAAGUAUGCUCGCCCUGGGGAAGCAAGCCAGAAGCCCGUUGCUUCCGCCCCCCCUAUAAAAUGUUACUCCUGCGGAGGGAACCACUUGAGACGGGAUUGCCCUCAAGCUGGCCAGAGCAAGCAGCCCUCCAAGUCUCCCGCCAAACCACCGAAAUUUAGUAGCUUCCCAGACCAGCAAGAGGUUCUUCAGACAGAUGAGGAAUUCCAGAGGGACGUCUCUGCACAGGGAUUCUUCCACCAGCGAUCAGCGUUUCAGAGUCCAGGACCAUAAGGGGUUAAUGCACCGCCAAUCAACGAUAUGGA